CAAAUGAUUCCCAACGACCCCUCACCCGCCAAAGACAAAACGCAGUAGCUGACCUCAAACUCUCUCAAUUUAUCUUAAUAUAAAAACUAUCUUCAAACGGCAUUACCUGUUUUUAGACGUUACCAUCCAUCUCUCUCUCUUUCCCAAAAUCCUCUCCUAAAAUCCUAAAUAUUACCUCUCCAUUUUAUUUUUCUUUCUUCGUCUUCGGCUUACCUCUAAUCCGAGAACCACCAUGAGGUUUUGCGUUCUAGGGUUAUUAUCAUUCAUCCUAAUCGCUUCUCCCGUCUCCGCCUGGUUCUUCCCCAACUCCACCUCCAUCCCACCGUCUCUACGUAACACCACACGCGUUUUCUGGAACGCUUUCUCCAACUUCACCGGCUGCCACCACGGACAAAACGUGGACGGUCUCUUCCGCAUCAAAAAAUACUUCCAACGUUUUGGUUACAUCCCCGAAACAUACACCGGAAACUUCACCGAUGAUUUCGACGACAUCCUCAAAGCGGCCGUGGAGUUGUACCAAAAGAACUUCCGGCUUGACGUCACCGGAGAGCUCGACGCGCCAACCAUCAAACACAUCGUGAUCCCGCGUUGCGGAAACCCCGACGUGGUCAACGGUACCUCGGUCAUGCACAACGGGAGAAGAAAGACCUUCGAGGUCAACUUCUCCCCCGGGGGACGUAUACCGCGUUUGCAUACGGUCAAACACUAUACCCUCUUCCCGGGGGAGCCACGGUGGCCGAAAGACCGCCGUGACUUAACCUACGCGUUCGACCCGCGAAACCCAUUAACCGAUGAGGUCAAGGGGGUGUUUGCACGCGCGUUCGGACGCUGGGCCGAGGUGACGGAGUUAAACUUCACGAACAUCGAGUCUUUCACGACGUCAGACAUCACCAUAGGGUUUUACACGGGAGAUCACGGUGACGGCGAGCCUUUUGACGGCGUGUUGGGCACGUUAGCUCACGCUUUCUCUCCUCCGAGCGGGAAGUUCCACCUCGACGCAGACGAGAACUGGGUUGUCUCCGGGGACCUCGAUAGUUUCCUCUCCGUUACGGCGGCGGUUGAUCUUGAAUCGGUGGCGGUUCACGAGAUUGGUCAUCUUCUUGGUUUAGGACAUUCCUCGGUGGAAGAGUCGAUCAUGUAUCCGACCAUCACCACGGGGAAGCGUAAAGUUGACUUGACGAAUGAUGACGUGGAAGGGAUACAGUACUUGUACGGUGCGAACCCUAACUUCAACGGGACAUCGCCACCGUCUACCACCACUCGUCAACGAGAUACUGGUAGCUUUGGUGCUGCUUGGAGAAUCGACGGUUCAUCGAGGUUGACGAUUUUCAGUCUCUUGUUGUCAACCGUUGGAUUGUUCUCGUGGUUGUUACCGUAGAUGAAUUUUAUUUACUCGAUUUUAUUUAGUUUGAGUUGACAUAAAAUCUUAAUUCUUUGUUUAUGAUGGGGAUAUAUACACACGUAUUCAUACAUUGGUUUCUUUUUCACAUAUACUUUCUGUAUAUACAAAUUUAUGUCCUACCAAUGUUGAUUUUAUUUUGUGUUAUACGUUCUUUGCUAUAGACUUUAGUGGUUAGUAUUCAUUAGACCACCAUUAUCCCAGGUCCUUAAGUGGAGUUUUUAAGAAAAGCAAUGAUUUAAUUAAAUCAAAAUAAAAGAAAAUCAAUGUAACCGAUCCUUAAUACAUAGUUUUGGUAAUCGAUCAUAAUGAAGUUUCUUAAUACACGUGUCAGCGAACUGUGAUUUAGGAUUUUUAUUUUUUUUUCUUUUCUUUCUUUCCUCUUCUCUCGUGUUUGGAUUCGAAGAAGAAAAACACAGAGACGCCCGCUUGAUCGCCGGCAUUCUGUUUCUCUCCGGCCGCCGAGUCUUUCACCUUUCGUUGUAAACCGUAAGCUUUCUUCUUCUCCUUGAAAGUUUUAUCUCUAGAGCAUUAUUGUCUUAGAUACAAACCCUAAGUUCGAAGAUUGGUCCUUUAUUGAGUUUUCACCUUCUACCAGAUGGUUAAGAGUCUCAAUAUCAAGGCCCUAGUUCAAAGAUUGGCCCUUUAUUGAUGAAGAGUCUGUAUAUUUAAAGUAGCUUGACUUUGAUUGAUUAUUGUUGUUGUUUAGUUUUUUAAGAACUUGUAUGUUCCUGUCUUGAUGGCUAAGGAAGUACAGUCUCAGAAACGGCAUCGGAGAGAGGAGGCGUGAAGGGCUCGAGGUGGCGCUGGAGUUAUGUCAAGGUUCCUUGGAUUUUCGAUCUUCUUCGAGUCCUUCUCCUCUUCCCCGGGGAUCUUAUCUUCUCCACCGUCGGAAAUGUUGUUAUGUUCUCUCUUCAUCUUCUCUGUUUCACCCAAUUGUGUUUUUUUUGCAACUUUAUAAACUUUUUCUGUUGCUCUUGCUAGUGUGAUUGUUGAGGCUAUGAAAGUUGACAGCUUGCACAGGCUAUGCUCCUCUGUGGAACCUAUUCUCCGUAGAGUUGUAAGUUCUGAUUUUGUCUCUCUUUUGUUCUUGUCUAAAUCAGACACCAUCAACUAUGCUUGGUUCUUGUUUAAAUCACUAUGAUUGUAGUCUUAUUGUCCGAAGGUGUAUGAUGCUUGUCAUGUCUCAAUGUUUUACUUUGUUUUUGUCUGAAGGUAUGCACUCACUCAUCUGAGAUUGCUCAAACUGGCUGAAGAUCCUGCUACUAGACCUGUUUUUGAAGUUCGUUGUGUCUCUGUAAUCGGCUAAAAGCAUCUGACACUUUAUUUUGUUGCAGAUUAACUACAGAAUACGUUUGAGGAUCGUGAGAAUGAGUGCUUGUUCUUGAUAGAGCAUUCUACCAAGCAAGAAACGAGGUGUUAGAAUUCGUGGCUCGAUUUAAAAGCUGGAACUUUUGAUAAACUUGGUAGCCAUGACGACAUUGCUACAUCUUGGUUCAUCUAAAACUUAUCUACUGUUUUCAACACUAUUAAACUAUUUUAUCAUCUUGGAUUAUGUUUUGUUGAUUGUGAUUGUGUACUUUGUUGAUUGUGUAAUGUGUUUUAAGAAACCUAAAUUAA